UGUAGCCGGAGCCGCCAGCGGGGCGCGGUGACGGGCGGCAGCGGCGGCGGCGGGAGCGCCAUGAGCACCGGCACAGUUUCACAACCACAGGCUGUACAUAGCCAGCUGGAGAAGCCAUCCAGUACUGCAAUUCUCUGCAAUACCUGUGGAAAACCAUGCAAAGGGGAAGUUUUGAGAGUUCAGAACAAAUAUUUCCAUAUUAAAUGCUUUGUUUGCAAAGCUUGUGGAUGUGACCUGGCUCAAGGAGGAUUUUUUGUGAGACAGGGAGACUACAUCUGUACUUUGGACUACCAGAGACUCUAUGGCACACGAUGCUUCAGUUGUGAUGAAUUCAUUGAGGGAGAAGUGGUCUCAGCCCUGGGCAAAACCUAUCACCCAGACUGUUUUGUGUGUGCUGUCUGCAGGUUGCCUUUCCCUGCAGGUGACCGGGUGACUUUCAAUGGGAAGGAAUGCAUCUGCCAGAAAUGUUCCCUGCCCCCUUCCAGCAGCACUGGCUCCUUCCCUGUACAGAACCUGAGAAAUUGUGGGGGCUGUGGUUCAGAAAUAAAAAAUGGUCAGUCCUUGGUGGCCUUGGACAAACACUGGCAUUUGGGCUGUUUUAAGUGCAAUACAUGUGGCAAGCUACUGAAUGCAGAGUAUAUCAGCAAGGAUGGGGUUCCCUACUGUGAAACAGACUACCACGCCAAGUUUGGGAUCAGGUGUGACAACUGUGAAAAGUACAUCACAGGAAGAGUGCUCGAGGCAGGAGAGAAGCAUUAUCACCCAACCUGCGCACGAUGUGUCAGGUGCAAUCAGAUGUUUGCAGAAGGAGAAGAAAUGUAUCUGCAAGGAACAUCCAUUUGGCAUCCAGUUUGUAGACAGGCUGCAAAGGCUGAAGAAAAAAACAAGGAAACUAGGACUUCCUCUGAGAGUAUUAUUUCUGUACCUGCUUCAAGUACAUCAGGUUCCCCAAGCCGUGUGAUCUAUGCAAAGCUUGGAGAUGAAAUUCUUGACUACAGGGACUUGGCUGCUCUUCCUAAAAAUAAAGCCAUCUAUAACAUUGACCGCCCAGAUAUGAUCUCCUAUUCUCCAUAUAUCAGUUACUCUUCAGAUGACAGGCAUAGUUACGGGGAGGGUGACCAAGAUGACAGAUCUUUCAAGCAGUACAGGACAUCAAGUCCUAGCUCUGCUGGCUCCCUGGGCUAUGGUCGGUACACCCCCACCUCCCACUCUCCUCAGCAUUACAGCAGACCAGACACUGGCGCAAAAGACAACAUCUAUAGGAAACCUCCUAUCUACAAACAGCAUGCAGCAAGAAGAUCAGAAGGGGAGGAUGGAAGCUUGGAUCAGGACAAUAAGAAGCUGAAGAGCAGCUGGCUGAUCCUGAAAGGGGAUCUGGAGACCAGAACCAACUCCCCGGAUUCGGAGACGCGCUCGCUGUCGCUCACCGCCGGCAGCGACCGGGCGCAGGAGGGCACGGCCGCGCCGUACUGCCGAUUUCCAUAUUCUAAAUCUGCGUCUCUACCUGGCUAUGGAAAGAAUGGCUUACAUCAGCCUGAAACUAUGGGCCAAUAUGAAACGGAUCAGGAUGCAAGCUGGGGGAUGAAAGAAUACAAGGUAAGAAGGGCUUUUCCAGCACUGGAAGAACAAUCAGAUUCAGCACUUCCUAGCAAGAUUUAUCCCUAUGAAACACUUAUUGUAACAAACCGAGUUCGUGUGAAAUUGCCCAAGGAUGUGGACAGGACCAGGCUGGAGAGGCAUUUGUCCCCUGAAGAGUUCCAGGAAGUCUUCAAAAUGAGUAUUGAGGAAUUUGAUCGUCUGGCACUUUGGAAGCGGAAUGACCUGAAGAAAAAGGCCCUGCUUUUCUAAACCCUCCCGGAUAAAAUAUGUGCUUAAUCAAAACAAAAAUAGUCUUGCCAGAACUAUCACAUGCACUUGCUGUUGAACCAUUGUCCAGCUUCAUUGUGUUAGUAUGUGUCGGGGAAACAAGACAGAUUAGAUGGUAAUGUGUUGGGAUACAGAGAAUUUGCUAAUCUUGCAUUUCCAGCUGGUUUUGUCAGUAACUCCUGGUCCUACCCAGUUUACAAUGUGCAAAAAAAUCUAGCUUUAAAUUUAUUGUUGCUUGCAUUUGUUGCUUGAUGCAAAUGGAAAUUCUGAAAGGAAGAGAAAAAAGUGUAGCUGUACACAGGAAAUGCAUCCAACAUUUUGUUCCAUUCAGUUUUAUAAUGCAAUUUUUACAAAAACCAAGUAAGUAAUUAUUAUAGAAAUUUUCCAGCGGGGGAUCAGACGCUGUUAAAAAUAUGGUAAAAGCCAAAGAAAAGCAUAUCUGCAAGCAAUUGUUUAUCUGUGGUACUUUUUAAGAAUGAAAGCAGAAAUAUGGAAGCACCUUAACUUCUUAUAUUUAAACACAGCAUACUCUUUAAAAGAUCAUAUUUGUCUAGAAGGUAACUAGCUAUCUUUAAUUACAACACCAGAGUUUUUAUUUUAUUAAGAAUAUAUUGUGACAUAAAAUGGUUAUAAUUACUAAAAUGUAUACAGACCUACUAAGAUUUAGUUCCAUUCAUCAGGAAAACUGAAGCCUUAUACAAAACUGGUUGAAGAGUGUAUUGUGCCAGUUGACUGUGUUUUCCUAUUAGCUUGGGGUGUUUGAAGAAUGGUUUUUUUACAUUUCAUGCUGAUAAAAUACCAUGUAAUCUUAAUUACUAUGUAGAUAGAAAUCUCUAUCUAUAAAAGAAUUAUUUUCAUUAAUAUAUGUCCUAAGUGAAGGCAUUCUUACUUUCUCAACUUUCCAGCUUUACACAGUAAGCCAUGAGAACUCUGAUGGCAUUUGGCAGAUGUGGAAAUGGAACAGUUCAGCAUAAAAUGUAACAAAAAAAGCUUGGUGUGCUCUAUCAGUAAUACAGACAAUUAGAAUCAAAUCCAUAAAACCCUCAUGCAUUACUAUUUGCAUGUUUCUGUACAAGUCAAAUUGAAAAAAAACAACAAACUGUGUGAUACUGGUGCAGUACCUUGAAACUAUCUUGAAUAACAAGCAAAGCUAACAAAAUCUAAGCAUUUGAUAUAAGUGUUAGACCUUAAUAUCUCUUCCAGCUGAAAGACUGUAUUAAAUUUAAUAGUUUCAUUUGGUCAGAGGUGUGGUUGCUGACAAAGAAUGUUUUAAAGUGAGUUGCUAGUUUUUUUGUGAUACUAAAUGAGCAUUACAAAAAGUACAUUUUUCAGCCAUGUGUCAGUAUUCUGCAUUUUUACUGCCUUGGAUGUUUGUACUCACCUCCUAGUUCACUAUGUCUUUUUGCAUUUCCUUAAGGUAACUGGUUAAUAUAUGCACUACAACACACUAUUUCAACUGACCCAGCAUUGGAAAAAUCAUAGCAUUGAACAUGCCUUCUUCCAACUAACUUUCAAAGUCCAUGCUGUUGGAAAUAAAUAUUUUCUCAUUA